UUAGGUGUCUCCAUGAACUUCACAGUGCGCACGAUUUGCACCUUCCCGUCGCCACAUGGUGCGAAGUUCACACCAUCUUCGUACCCCAGGAAUCGAUACUUGAACGCCUUUGCAUCCAGCUUCCAACGCUUCUCGUCGGCGAUGGGAGCGUACCCGAGUGUACCAAACACCUUCAUGUUCUUGAGUUGGGGCUUGGCUCGGUGCACGAUAUCGUGGGGUGUCUUCACGGUCACCGAAUUCGGGAUCCGAUUCAUGAUCCACGCAGCCGUGUUGACGGAUUCCGCCCACCACUUCUUGUCGAUUCCUUCAUGGUAG